AUGGCAUCACUUGCACGCCAGCAAGCGCAGAUACGCGCGGCCAUCGCCGCGGGCGCCCGCCCGCGCACCACCGUGGCUGGAGCCACUGUGCUGCCCGUUGCACGCGGCGCAAAUGGCGCGGGCUUCGUCUUCCUCGCUCAACCGGACGGCACAACGACGCCGCUCGGGAGCUUCUACUACCGGGAGACUGGCGCGCGCCCGCCCACCAAGUGGUUGGACUUCGGCCAGCCACUGAUCCGGGAAGGCCCCAACGACUACGUGCUCUUGCGGAACGGCCUCAAGCGGCUUGUAAGGAGCUUGCAGCAGGAUGGCAAAUUUCACUUGACGGGGCUGGGGAAGGUGUUCUUCCAAGACAAGUUUACAGAAUAUCUGGCCCACGUGCCGGUGAUCGUCCGCGGCACGCGCAGCAGUGGCAGGAACGCUGGCCGGGCCUACGAGAGGCCCGACAUGCUGCCAGUCAACACACUGGGACUCCGGCGGACGCGCCUGAACGACGCUCUGUCGCAGCAAGAGAUCCUGGCCCGCAUCAAGCAAGACGUCUUUGCCCAAGGACUGGCCGGGCCACCCUUCCACGAUGGCCAAGGCAACAGAAUCAUCAUGGAGAUGAGCGAAGAAGUCUACUACUUGGACAAUUCUCGAGACUGGGUCGUCUCUGCUCAAUCCACGCAAUACAUCAACGACGAGGUCCGGGUGGAAACCAUGCUGAACCAGCGCCUGGCAAGAGUCCGCGACAUCUCCUUCCAGCUUUUCGCCAGCCACGAAAUCUUGGACGAGGCCUUUGAGCCCUACAUGGACGACCUGUGCGUUCCAAGGCAGCUGUCCAUCCUGCUGAAGCUGCCGCUGGAAGAGGUUUGCAGCGACUUCGACGCCAUCGUCGAAGGCACGGCCUGGCGCACAGAGGGCAUCAGCCCAGCAGAGAUACGGGAGUUCUGCGAAUGGCGCAACGCACCAGUCUUCCUCUUGGACCCCGACGGCCACGUGCUGGACAAAUUCGAGCCUGCCGUGAAGGAAGCUCGGGCCCUGGCCUACGUGGCCUUCAACGGGCACGCAUACUUCUACAAGUCUGCCAAGGUCAUCACGGGCGGCGGCCUGGACGAAACGGUGAUGUACAGGCACGAGCGGCGGGAAACACAGCAGCUCCCACCGAAAAGCGAGUGGAAAGAAUGGCAACCCGGCCAAGAGCCCGAGAGCGGCAUCUUUUGGACGACGACGGAUCUGACGAAGAUCCGCGCCCAGCUCCUCGCAGCCGGACACAGCCCUCGAGUUAUGCUCAGAUCCAGCGUGGAGUACUCGGCCCUGAAACUUCGCAUCAAGAAGGGCGAGCCCUGCAUCAUCCGAGGGUUGCCAGAAGAAGCCGAAGUGCUAGAGCAAUGGCUUCAGAAGCUGCCACUGAACACACCUUACCGCGGGCAGCGAAUGGCAAGUCUUGCGCACGAGGUGCUCAUGCAGUUGAUCAAGGCGGAGCGCAAGCAGCCGGACGCAGAAGCGAGGAAAGCUGUACUGGAGCAGCAGAACGCGCUGUGCAACUUGUGCGGGGCUGAAAUCCAGCUAGGGACCUGCGAGCUCGACCACGUAGUGCCAGUGCACCAAGCAUUCAGCGACGACGAGCAAGUUCUGCAAGCACUGUGCCUGGAGUGCCACAGGAACAAGACGCUGCUGCAAACCAUCCAGCCCACAAGCUUGGAGUCGCGCUUCAACCCUCGAGCCUGCGAGGCCUAUCUAUGGAGCCCAAAGCUGCCUCCGUUGGUGUUCGAGGUUCAUACCCCUCGCAAACGCGUGCCUUGCCUCGGCAUCGACGUCGUGCGGUGCCGCAAGAACGGGCUGGCGAACGCCAGCUUCCCGCUGCCCAUCUUCUGCUGCCUGGAUGACGUUAAAGCCGCGCGGCCGGGGCACCUAGCCGACCUGACCUACGUAAGCCUGCGCAUAGACCGCCGCGCGACGACCUACUCGCAAUUGCCCUACGUGGGCGAAGGCUGGUACGCCAAACCUAUCACCGCGUUCAUGCUUGACACGGGCAUGGCUACGUGGGACGACUUCAAGUACUCCUUGGACGCGACUGCGCAUGUGACAGCCGAGUGCUUCCACAAGGCGCUGGACAUCAUGGAGCAGGCGUGGCCUGACGGCGAAGAGCACUACGCGAAGCUUUCCGUAAAUGCGCUGAUAGGCUUGUGGGCUCGCAACAUGGACGUGGUGUACACCGUGCGGACCAGCCAAAACGAGCUCGACGGCUAUGGGUGCCAGGAGCGGCGCGUUUUCAGCAUCUCUCCAUAUGAUCUGCAAACGGAUGAGGAGAGGAUUGAGACGAUCGCAAAGCAAAAAGCCGCAGCCGAGCAGAAGGUCAAUGCAGAGAUCGAGGCGGAGAAGAUCGAGGCCGCAGCCGAGCAGACUGAAGUGGAGAAGGUGGCCGAAAGGCGAAGAGUUGAGACGAAGCUUGAGGAGGCCUUAAGGCAGAUUAGGCAAAUAGAUGACAAGCCACUUGCACAAUACUGGGACUUCGUGUUUAUCCGAAAUCUGAUGAGCAACGCCAGCCACAGGCCGCUGCACGACUUUGUGCUGGCGGCCGAGUACGUGGCCGUCGCAAGGAUCAAGCAUCAGCUGCGGGCCGCCCUACCCUCCUACAUCAAAUGCGUCAAGACUGAUUGCGUGGUGGUCCAACAGCUGCCGAAGAAACACCUGCAUCUGCUGCAAGAGCUCCAGGACCUCAAACAUCCCGACGGCAGUCAAGUCUACCGAGUCGAGGAAGUCAAGCCGCUGCGAGGACUUUACAGAGAGCCACAGCUUCCAGAGCACGCCAUUCCUCCCGAGCUUGAAUGGACGGACAUCCCCGAUCCCUUGACGCAUUGUUUGGCAGGAGGCUCCCUGCUUCUCACAGGUUUCCCAGGCACUGGCAAAACCUACCUGGCUAGGCGCAUCGUCGCAGCCUUGCGGGAACAAGGCCAAGCGGUGCACAUUGUGGCCAAGACGCACUGCGCCGUGCAGAACAUCGGCCAGGGGGCCCGUACGGCCGACCACUGGCUCAGAAGGUUCGUGCGCCACGGAAACAUUCGCCUGAUUGAUUGGCUCGUGGUCGAAGAAAUCACGCAGCUGGACACCGCCCUCUGGAACGACAUCGCCUGCCUGGCACUGAACACCCGGGUCCGCUUCCUGCUGCUGGGCGACUUCCGCCAACUGCCUGCGGUGCUAGACAGCUUUGCCGGCACGGAGGUUCUGCGUGAGCUCCGGCAAGCACAGCUGAUCAAUACGCUGACGCGGGGUUACCGGCACGAGCUGGUUGAGAACAGACGUAGCGACCCAGGCAUCUUCAAUUUCUUGCGCUGGCUGCGCAUUGAUGAGCCGGGCGAGGUGUCGCUCAAAAGCGCGCUCCAGCGGGCUUGGGCGCAGUUUCCGGAAAGGGACGCCGUUGUGCCAGACACUGCCUUAGUAAUAAGUCACCGGCAUCGCAUUCAGUUGAAUGAAUGGGUGAAUCGAGUCAAAGCCCCUGAUGGAGCCACGCACUUCCAACACUCCCCCGCCGAAAACGCAAAGAAUUUGACCAAUAAGCCACAGUCCAUGCGAAUCUGGCCGGGCAUCCGACUGCUGGGGGCAGGCGGCAAGAUCUGCAAAGGCACCUUUGUUACGGUUAAGACAUGCUGCGACGCCGCCGUGGAGCUAGAGGAUGGGACGGAGCUCGCGCGCGACGACCUCUUCAAGUACACGCGCCUGCCACACGCCCUCACGUACGCAGGCUGCCAGGGCCUCACCCUUGCCGGGCACGUGGUGCUCUGUGACACUUACAGCAAACACUUCACGCUCAGGCACCUCUAUAUGGGGAGCUCCAGAGCCACCCGCUCGGACCUCCUGUCUGUGCGAGAGCCCCUCCGCCCGGCGCCUGCCAUGACGCUCGCCGAGUGCGUCGUGUGCAACGGCCUCGUCGUGUUUGCCUGGCUCCUUGAGCUCUUCUCGGGCACGGGGUCGAUCGGCCGGGCCUUCCGGGACAGGGGCUGGGAGGUCGUUUCCGUCGACCUGGACCCCAAAUUCCGCCCCACCGUCUGCUGCGACGUCAUGGAGCUCGACGAGGGCUCGCUGGGGCACUUCGACAUGGUGUGGGCCAGCCCCGUGUGCACCGAGUACUCGCAGGCCCUGCGCAAGCGGCCCCGGGUCCUGGCGCGGGGGGACCGCCUGGUGCUGCGGACCCUGGAGAUCAUCCGCAACCUGCGGCCGCGGUGGUGGGCCAUGGAGAACCCGCAGACGGGGCUCCUGAAGACUCGCCCCUUCAUGCAAGGAAUUCCCUUCUCGGACGCCAUGUGCCGCAAGGGCAGCCGGUGCGCGGCCUUCGAGGACGGCAUCCACCCCGAGGCCGCGCAGCGUGGAACCACCGCGGGACGGCGCAACCAGCAGUCGCAGGUGAAGCUCUUCCCGAACCCCGAGUACACCUCGAAGCAGCCGCGGGACCCGAUAGUGCCCACGGUGCCCUGCACGGGCAUCUUCCUGGGUCCGAGCCGCUCGGGCAAGACGGUGGCCCUGAUCAGCGCCAUCCUGGACCAGUACCGCACGGCCAGCGGGGAGUCCGUCUUCGAGCGCAUCUACAUCUUCUCGCCGAGCAUCGAGAUCGACGACGUCUGGCAGCCCGUCAAGGACUUCAUAGAGAACGACAUGGGCGUGAACACCGAGCGGGAGCAGGUCUACUUCGACAAGUGGGACGAGGGGGCCCUCAGGACCAUCAUCGAGCAGCAGAAGAAGAUCACGCGCACCAGCAAGCGCCUGGGGCUCAAGAAGCUCUUCCAAGUCUUGGUGGUCAUAGACGACUAUGCGGACCAGCCGGAGCUGCACCGGAAGAUGGGCGACGGGGCGCUGGACACGCUCUUCAUCCGCGGCCGCCACAUGCAGAUCAGCACCUGGGUGUCGUCCCAGAAGCUGCGGCUCAUCAGCGCCGCCGUCCGGGUGAACAUGCAGUUCAUCUGCAUCUGGAGGCUCAGGAACCAAUUAGAGCUAGAAGCCGUUCUAGAGGAGCUAUCGGCCCUGCUCCCGAAGCAGGAGCUCCUGGCGAUGUACCAGGAGGCCACGAGGGAGCCCUACAGCUUCUGGUUCAUCUACUACCUGAAGCCCAAGGCGGAGAUGUUCUACAAGCGCUGGGAGGAAAGGUUCCUGGUCGAUGGGCAACCUGCUGGCGGCGGCGUGCAGCAAGCUCCUGGGGGGAAAAGCAUGGCGACCGUCUACGUGGACUCCCGGAGGCGGGUCUCGGGCUCGGACUCCAACUUCGCGUUCGAGCUCCCGGAGACGCUGCACAUGCAGACGAGCGCCAAGCUGGCCGUCUACAAGGUGCGGAUCGCGGACGCCUUCCUGAGCACCGACAGGGGCACCUACCUCUACUGGAUCGACGUGGCCCUGGGGACCCUGAACACCGCCCAGCUCCAUGUGGGCGCCUACACCGGCACCCGGCUCGCGGCCUGGAUCUCCUCGAACUUCGCGGCGGCCACCUACGUAGAGGCGACGAACGCCAUCGAGGUGGCCCACGACGGCAACCGGCGCAUCCUCUCGGACGCGGAGCUGCGGGACCUCUUCCCGAGCGGCCCCGGCUAUCCGGCGGGCGCCUCGGCCGCCUUCCCGCAGAGCAUCAACCACCUCCUGGGCGGGAGCUACAUCGACGGGGCCCUGCAGAUCUUCCCCUGGGUCUCCAUGAACCCCUUCAACGAGGUCUACCUAAGAUGCAGAGAGCUGGGCAACGCCGCGCACAUCCUGGGGCCGCUGGGCACCGACAUCAUCUGCAAGGUCAUCGUGGACAAGGGCGUGGGGCACGUGAUGAAAGAUCAAACGGACGACGGCCACCUAGUGGAGCUCCGGGGCCCGAUCACGCUCCGCACGCUCAACUUUAGGCUCACGGACGUGGACGGCAACGAGGUGAACACCCGAGGAACGUCCGUGAGUUUCGCCAUUUUCCUCGCCGAAGCCAAGCCCGCCGCCAAGCGCAGAGGCCGGCCGCCGGGCAGCAAGAACAAGCCGAAGCCCCCUCCGGCCACCGUCCCCGCCGACCCUGGCCCACCUCGUGAGCCGGAAGCGCCGGCGCCAGUUCCUGAGGAGCCAAAGCGGGAGCCCGCGCAGCCGGUCCGGAUGACGGCCGCCGAGGAGAAGAUGAUGCACAGGCAGCACAGGCUGAACCGCUUCGAGCAGCUGGCCAUGCGGAACAGCAUGGACCUGUGA